UCUGAAAACACUUGUUUGCGCGCGGGCGCCGUUUCGUGUUUUGAUGCAAUUGCCUUUAGCGCAAUCGAAUUUUUAUCAACAUUUAAUUUAGCUAAAGAUAUACAAAUAUUUAUGUUAUCGCAAAAAUGUCUACGAGAAAUUAUAUUUCGAUGCAGCAAAAGUAUAAUCGUGUGAUUGUGCUGGUGGACAUGGACUGUUUCUUUUGCCAAGUGGAAGAAAAACUAGAUCCGCAAUUGAAAGGACAACCUUUAGCAGUGGUGCAGUACAAUGCUUGGCGAGGUGGUGGUAUUAUAGCGGUAAAUUAUGCAGCGCGUGCCAAAGGCGUUACGCGCCACAUGCGAGGCGACGAGGCAAAGGAGAAGUGCCCAGAAAUACAAUUGGUAAAAGUGCCUAAUAUACGGGAAAAGGCCGACUUAGACAAGUAUCGCGAAGCGGGCAAAGAAGUGGCAAAUGUUUUACAACGCUUUACACCGUUACUGGAGCGUGCUUCGGUCGACGAGGCUUACUUAGACAUAACGGAAGCGGUUAAUAAGCGCUUGGGUGACAUGAAUGCAGGUUCAUUCAUGCUACAGCCACAAGGAUUAGUAAAUACCUAUGCUGUUGGUUACGCUGGGAUAGGCGAUUAUGUCAAUUUGAUUACAAACCGUUUCAAUAAUCCUAACACAGAGGAUAUUGAUUUAGAAUCUGGUGCGUUUGCCCAAGCACAUGAUGCCACCGACAUGGCUGCAACACGUCAUAGUGAUAUACGCCUGCUUAUAGGCGCUGCCAUUGCGGGUGAAGUGCGUGCCGCUGUCAAGGCGGAUACAGGCUACGAAUGCUCUGCCGGUAUUGCACACAAUAAAAUACUCGCAAAAUUAGCGUGUGGCAUCAAUAAACCGAAUAAGCAGACUAUUUUGCCACUGACGCAGAUUCCUGUGUUAUUUGAAACGUUGCCGCUUGGCAAAAUACGUGGUUUGGGUGGUAAAUUUGGCGAAGAGAUUUGUGCUAACUUGCAAAUACGAUUUUUAGGAGAGUUGUUACCGUAUUCGGAGCAGGAUUUACAACGUAAAUUUGACGAGAAGAGUGGCACUUGGCUCUAUAAUAUAUGCCGGGGUAUUGAUUUGGAAGCGGUUACACCGCGAUUUUAUUCAAAAAGCAUUGGUUGUUGCAAGAAAUUUCCAGGACGUAACAACAUUACCGGGUUGAAUACACUGCGGCACUGGCUGGGCGAGCUGGCCAAUGAAGUAUGCAAUCGCAUGGAAAAGGAUAUGAUUGAGAAUAAUCGUCGUGCUAAACAAAUGGUUGUCAGCUUUGUGCAAGAAUUUGACAAAGAGGAGGUAUCCAGUUCACGUUCCGCACCACUCAAUGGUUAUGAUAAGGAAACAUUAACAAAAUGCAGCUUAGAUGUUAUACAGUCACAUACCAAACAAUUCUUCAAAACAGGCAACACUUUGGCACUGAACAAUCCCAUAAAAUUUUUGAGUAUCAGCGUGGGCAAAUUUGAAACAAUACAAAGUGGACAGAGUAAAUUACAGGAAAUGUUUGCCAAUAUGGCAGCUAAGAGGAAAAACGAAUCCGAAGAUACUUUGAUUCAGACACGCUAUGUAAAUAACGGUACAGACACGCAAGACCAAGUCGAGUUGCCCGUUGCUAAGAAACCAACUUUUAUGGAACAUUUUUUGCGACGUGGCUGUGAACAAAAUGCGAAUACUGCAACAAAUACUAACUCGGAUGCAGCUAUGAUAACUGCAGAGUCUGGAGAAGAGGCAACGUGCUCAACUAAUGUGCAGUUCAAAACCAAUACAACAGACUCAGGAAAUGUAACGGCAACACAGAUUACAAUAAAUAAUACGAUGAAGACUACACAAGCACCAGAAAAAAACAGUUUCUUUCUUAAUGCAUUGAAAAAACAAAUGAUUACGGAAGGCGAGUGUAAGCACAUCGCAGUUGAUCGAGGUGCUUCAAAUGUUGCUAACUCCACGAUUGAGCCUAAAAACACUGACAUCUCGAAAAGUUUUUUUGCAAAGCUUUUAAAGAAUUCAAAAGACGAAAUUAAUGUAACCGAAAUAGCAACUCCAAGCAAUCUGCAGAUAUCUUCAGAAGAUGCAUGCAGUACAACCACUUUCCAAAGUUGUGUUGCUGGCCUAGAACAAUUCGUUGAGGAAAUUCCACACAUUAAUGAACAGGCUUUUGAAACUGAGAGAAUUGUUACAACUGAAUCUCCCUCUAAAUCAAAUGAAAAUGUUGGCUUAUCAAGAAAUAAGAGUAAAUACGCAACUGCUAUAGCCAACACAUCCCCGCCGCAUGCAUUGCAUUUAAGCAACAUACCAGUAAAUUCAAAGCAUACUCCUUCGGAAACCUAUGAAACCAGCUAUGCAGAAUUUGCAGUACCUGAAUUGCGUACAGAAUUUCUCCAAAUGACGAAAUGUGAAAUUUGUAAAGUUGAAGUACCAUCAGAUGCACGUUCAAUACAAUUGCAUCAAGACCACCACAUAGCCAUGCAGCUCAGUCAGCAACUACGCCAAGAAUAUCGCACAGAAAUUAAAACUCAGUUAACUGCUAACAAGUCCACAUCGACUGCGGCGGUACCUAAGAAAAAAUCGAAAAAAUCACCUGUACAAGCAGCAAAAGUCGCAGGUGGGAAAAUUGGCACAAGUAUAACCAAGUUUCUGAAGCCUACUGUUGUUGGUGCCGCAACUUCUUCGAAUGUGUCUGAAAGCGUAGCGGCAUCCGAGCAUGCUGCCGCGCCAAUCAACAUCUUGGAUGACACUGUAGAUGCGGUGAUUUGCGAGGAAUGCAAGGCGCCCAUAAUAAACACUGAGCUCCAAGAGCAUAAAGAUUUUCAUGUAGCCAAAGCACUGCAGCGCCAACUCAACAUGCUGGAAGUGCGCACCGUGUCUGUUGUCAAGCCGAAUACCGCUUGCAACAGCGUAUUGAACACAACUCAUUCAAGUAUUAAAAAUAGCAAACCAAUUACACAAUUCUUUUCACAAUCAAAUUGUUAGAUGCUGUGUUAGAUGGGAAGAAUCUCAAACAGCGAAAAAUAUACAAGUAGCAACUAUAUCAA